AUGAGCUGUUAUUACUCUUCACUGCUAAUUAAUGAUCACCUUGAAGUACGGCGUAAUAGAUCUCGCUUCUAUUUCCGAAAUCGAUUCCAUGUUACUCUCUUAAUCGAUGAAAUGUUCUCGGCGUUGUCUUCGUAUAUAAAUUGUCCAAUGGACUUGUCUCUGAUCAUCAAACUCUCAUCUCCUCGCUUUUGUUCAUCCCCUUUCAAUUCAUACCCGGGAGGUUCACCCUCUGCUUCUUCCAAUACUGUAUUAGAUUAUUGGAAGGACUUACUCAGACAACAUGAAUCAGGCCAUCAUCCGACCAUUUUAUCUUGGACUUUUGGCUUGGUUAUGUUUACAUACGGACAAAUUUCUCCUCUUGGUGUUUCACAAAGGGGCAUACUUAUCAAUGGGAAGUUCCCAGGCCCAACCAUUGACUGUAUCACCAACGACAAUGUAAUUGUCAAUGUCAUUAACAAGCUGGAUGAACCCUUUCUUCUCACCUGGAAUGGUAUCAAACAAAGAAAGAGCUCAUGGCAAGAUGGAGUUUUGGGGACAAACUGCCCAAUCCCACCAAACUCAAACUGGACAUACCAAAUGCAAAUGAAAGAUCAAAUUGGAACCUAUUCCUACUUCCCUUCAAUCAAAAUGCAUAGAGCUGUUGGUGGUUUUGGGGCAAUUAAUGUCCGAGCAAGAGCUGUGAUUUUUGUCCCAUAUCUCAAACCAGUUGAGGAAUUCACUUUACUCAUCAGUGACUGGUGGAAAUCUGAUCACAAGACACUACAACAAACACUCGACUCUGGGAACACUCUUCCCAUGGCUGAUGCUCUACUAAUCAAUGGCCAUGUUCAAUCAACCUCUUUCACUACCCAAAAAGGUCAAAGGUACAUGUUUAGAGUAUCAAAUGUGGCCUUAACCACUUCAAUUAACUUCAGAAUCCAAAACCAUACACUAACACUAGUCGAAACUGAAGGAUCACACACUUUACAAGAAUCAUACGAAUCACUAGACAUUCAUGUUGGUCAAUCCGCUUCUUUCUUGGUCAACCUUAAUGCUCCUCUAAAAGACUACUUCAUCGUUGCUUCAACACGUUUCACGAAACCAGUUCUUACAGCUACAGCAACCCUCCACUACGAUGGCUCCACCACCAAAGCUUCUUUGCCACUACCAUGGGGUCCCACCUAUGAGAUUCACUGGUCAAUGAAACAAGCAAGAACAAUCAGAUGGAAUUUAACAGCAAAUGCAGCUAGACCUAACCCUCAAGGCUCAUACCACUAUGGAACAAUUCCAGUAACACGAACAGUUGUGCUUGCAAAUUCAGCUGUAAACAUUAAUGGAAAACUUAGGUAUGCUGUGAAUCAGGUGUCGUAUGCUAACCCAGAAACUCCAUUGAAGAUCGCUGACUUUUAUAACAUUCCUGGAGUCUUCCACUUAAGCUCAAUCAAAGAUUCACCUCCUUCAACCCCUCCUGUUAUUGGCGCAUCUGUUAUGGGAUUCACUCUUCAUGACUUUGUUGAAAUUGUCUUCCAAAACAACGAGGGAAGUAUUCAAUCAUGGCAUCUUGAUGGGUCGGACUUUUGGGCUGUUGGGUUUGGAUCUGGGCAGUGGAAUGCUACACUUAGGAAAAGAUUUUAUAAUCUGAAUGAUGCUACCACACGACACACUGUUCAGGUGUAUCCGAAUUCAUGGAGUGCGAUAUUGGUUUCUAUGGAUAACAAGGGGAUGUGGAAUUUGAGGUCUGCAAUUUGGCCAAGGAGAUAUUUGGGACAGGAGUUGUAUACGAAAGUUUGGAACGAUGAAAAGAGUUCUCGCACUGAAUAUGAAAUCCCGUUGAAUGCAUUAAGAUGUGGAAAGGCGCCAUUGAAUUAGAAGAUUAUGGAAUAUAUUGUUGAAUGUAGCUUGUUUUUUUAAUUUAAAUUUUCAGUUUUUUUCACCGGUUACGAGGGUGUAAUCGUGUUGGAGAAGAUGAAAAACUUGAUUUGUAUGUUGUUGUUUAGUAUUUUUCAUUCUAGAGGUGUAAUUUAAGUGAUACAUAAGGAAAAAUAAAUGUGUGAUUGCAUGUACUUUAUAGUUUAACUAAGAACUUGC